AUGCCUUCGCAGUCGCGCCUUACGCCGUCUCUUCUUGCCGCGGUCUUCGGCACCCGCCUGAAGCCUUGCCGCAGCUCCCUCCCUGCUUCUCCCAUUAUUCUCGCGCGCCCUCGCCGUGGCGGUCAGUCUGCGCGCGACUUCUCUUCAGAGGCGCGCAGCUCCGCUCCUCGCGCAGAGUCUGAAGAUACCGCCGGGGAGACUGCGCGCUGCCGCGAUGCCCUCUCUUGUCGAGGUUCGUGUGGGAGUCUGUCGCCGCGAACAUCCUGGCGCCGGAAUCAGGAAGUGAAGCGCUCUUUCCGCCUUCCCGGAGACUGUGGACUCGCGACUCCGGGCGCGCUGAGAGUCUCUGCGCUGAGGGCAGCGGUGGGGGGGAGGCCUUGGGCGCACACGCCCCGCCAGCCGCGGCAGGGAGACCGUUUGCGGGGAGCGACGACUUCGGCGCAGAGAGGGCUUGGACAGCCGAGCUACCUUUCUUCCCUUUCUCGCAUCAACCGCCUCGAAGGACGCGUCGCGUCGAGGCGUGACGCAUCCGCGUCGCCCUCGCGGGCGCUGUCUACGCCCAGGGUUUGCCGUCUGCCCUCGGGCGUGGGCAGCCCUGUCGGGCGAGCUCGAGGGUCGUGUGCGUUUUCUGUUCCUUCAUCCAGUCACGCUCUUUCAUGGCCGCUUCCUCUGGGCUGCGCACUUUCGUCUCCUGAGUCCGCGUUCGCGCCUGGCGGGUGUUCAGCGCCUCGCCUGCAGUCGUGUUGUCCGCUCUCUUCGGUCUCGUCUCCCCACUCGGCUGCUUCUUCCUCGCCAUCCGCUUCCUCUCCGUCGCCUUCCGCCGCACCCGACUCGCCACAGACGGGAUCCUCUUCUUCGUUAGAGAGCAGCGGGACUGGCGCCGCGCUUGGCUCUUUGUUCGCCGCCUCCUCGUUGUCGGCGUUGCCUCAGAUUGCCGCGGCGGUUCAGUGCACUGAGCAGCUGCUGACUCGCCUGGAGCUACCCCAUGCACACGGGCCCGUAUACACGAACGUCAUUCUCGCCUCCAGUCUUCGCUCCUCCUCGGGGACCUCGAGCGCUUCCGCCUCGCCGCAGGCGUCUCCUGGCGCGCUCGUCGCCGCUCUGCCGCCCUCUGCGGGGGCCACUUCGGGCUCAGUUUCAAACGGGGGAGCGACUCCACUCUCAGAGUCCGCUUCGCUUUGCGCGGCUGCACAGUCUUCGCCUCUCGCGGCGCGUUCUCCGCCGUCGUCCGCCGACGUCUUCUCUCACAUCGAGCUGACAGAAGACUCGGUGCGACUCGAGUUCCGCGAUACCAGCCACCCGCUUUACCAGCUGCUCACUGGCGUGAAGCUUGUCACCGAGGCCCCCGGCUUCCCCCGCGAACUCCUCCUGCUGCACAACCUCGUGAAGCCAGCCGGAGACGCCCAGCAGAGAGAGACAUCACCCGCCGACUCUGCGCACGAAGAGAAAGAGGAAAAACUAGGCGAGAAAGACGAGGAGGAAGAAGAGGAACACCUCUGGCACGCGGCAGACGACCAGCUCUUCUGGCUGCGGCCGCGCGCGGCGCCGCCUCAGGGCGUCCGUGAGGGAGACGCCUGCUCGCACGCAGGCCCUUCAUCCGCUUCGGCGUCUGCUGCCUCCGCUUCGCUAUCCGCGCCGCUCUCUGCGCCGUCGCAGGCCUCGGGGGGAUGCGCUCCUCGGGUCUUUGACGUGACCGCGCGCCGUGUGGAGCACCCCGGCGCGGCGGCCUGGGAGGCAGGGCGGUCGCUUGUGCGCGACGUUUUCAAUUUCACUUCCUGCGGGGCGGGCGCCACGGUCAUCCUCGAUCGCGCGCGCUUCACAGAGCGCCUGAGAGCCGUGAAGGCCGCCCUGACGGAGAAGCAGAAACACGCCGAAGAGGGCCUCGCCGAGAAGGGGCUUGGAGCGGAGAGGCCCAAUAGCACGGCGGAAAACGGGACGGAGCCGCGGAGCGAGGCAAGCUAG